GGAGACGACUGGCGGCGCAGCGGGUCGGCGCGCUAGAGGAGGACGGACACGGGAGCGAGCGAGUACGCGAGCGCGCGCACGGGCGGAGCCACGUCCCUGUAGUGCUGUACGGAGACAGUCCCAGAUCGUCGUGCGGUCGCGCUGUGCGGAGCGGAGCUGGUUUUUUUCCCCCACCCCGAAAAGAGAGAAAUUUCACAUUUACUAGAAGAGAAGUCCGAGCGGCAUGAUGUGUUCGGUCCCGCUCAUCUCUGUGCUCCUUCUCGGCAUCGCCGUGCCCGCGCUCGCCGGCUAUAUCGAGGCGCUGGCUGCCAACGCGGGCACGGGGUUCGCAGUGGCCGAGCCGCAAGUGGCCAUGUUCUGCGGGAAGCUCAACAUGCACGUCAACAUCCAGACGGGGCGCUGGGAGCCUGACCCGUCCGGCACUAAGACCUGCGUGGGCACCAAGGAGGCCAUCCUCCAGUACUGCCAGGAGAUGUAUCCGGAGCUGCAGAUCACCAACGUGGUGGAGGCCAAUCAGCCGGUCAAAAUCGAGAACUGGUGCAAGGAGAAGAAGCAGUGCAAGGGCCACGCCCACAUCGUGGUGCCUUACAAGUGCCUGGUGGGCAAGUUUGUGAGCGACGUGCUCCUCGUGCCGGAGAAGUGCAAGUUCUUCCACAAGGAGCGCAUGGAUGUGUGUGUGAGCCACCAGCAGUGGCACGGCGUCACCAAAGAGGCCUGCGCCAAGAGCGGGAUGGUCCUGCACAGCUACGGCAUGCUGCUCCCCUGCGGAGUGGACAAGUUCCACGGCACAGAGUACGUGUGCUGCCCGCCGGCGUCUCGCCCCGAGGAGCCUGCUGCUGCCGCCGCACCCCAGCCCUCCCAGGAGGUGGGAGACGAGGAGGAACGGGACGAAGAAGACGAAUUGACGGAGCUCAACGAAGACGAAGAUGACGACGAGGAGGAGGAGGAGGAGGAUGAGGAGGAAGAGCAGGUGGAGGAUGGAGAAAACGAAGAGGAUAAAGAAGCGGAGGAGAGCGAGGUCGUGACGGCCGAGCCGUCCACACAGAGGAGCGAGACUGUAGAGGAGGUGGAGGAGGAGCCCGAGGAGGCAGACGACGACGAAGACGACAAAGAGGACGAGGACGAGACCGAGGACGACGUGGACUACACGGGCUACGAGGAUGACGGGGAGGAGGAGGAGAAGAAGGAGAGGAAGAGCAAGGAGAGCCCUCGCGAGAGCCCCGUCGCAGACAAGACGCUAGACGAGGUCAAAGCCGUGUGCUCCCUGGCGGCCGAGACGGGCCCGUGCCGUGCCUCCAUGCUGCGCUGGUACUUCGACAUGAGUCAGAAGAGGUGCAUUCGCUUCGUGUACGGGGGCUGCGCCGGCAACCGCAACAAUUUUGACUCUGAGGAGUACUGCAUGGCCGUGUGCAAGCGCAUGACCCCGCCAACCCCGGAGCCCACAGAUGACGUGGACGUGUACUUCGAGACGCCGGCCGACGAGAAGGAGCACAGCCGCUUCCAGAAGGCCAAGGAGCAGCUGGAGAUCCGGCACCGCAACCGCAUGGAGAGGGUGCGCAAGGAGUGGGAGGACGCCGAGCGCCAGGCCAGGAACCUGCCCAAGGUCGAGCGGCAGACUUUGAUCCAGCACUUCCAGGCCAUGGUGGAGUCGCUGGAGGAGGAGGCAGCCAGUGAGAAGCAGCAGCUUGUGGAGACCCACCUGGCCCGCGUGGAGGCCAUGCUGAACGACCGGCGCCGCCUGGCGCUCGAGUACUACCUGGCGGCGCUGCAGGCCGACCCUCCCAGGCCUCACCGCAUCCUGCAGGCCCUGCGGAGGUACGUGCGGGCAGAGAACAAGGACCGCCAGCACACCAUCCGCCACUAUCAGCAUGUGCUGGCUGUGGACCCCGGGAAGGCGGCCCAGAUGAAGUCUCAGGUGAUGACGCACCUGCACGUGAUCGAGGAGAGGAUGAACCAGAGCCUGUCUCUGCUCUACAAAGUGCCCUAUGUGGCAGAGGAGAUCCAGGAUGAGAUAGACGAGCUCCUUCAGGAGCAGAAGGCCGAUAUGGACCAGUUCCUGUCCUCCAUCUCCGAGUCGCAGCCGGACGUGACCGUGUCCUCGGAGGAGAGCGUGGCACGAGCCCCCGAUGGCGACUCCUACCGCCCUUUCCAGGUCAACUCACUGGGGUCCCGCCAGGAGCCAGAGGGCACUCUUCCCGACUCCCCGCGCGCCAUGAAGAAAGGGUCUGCAAUGUCGGGCCUGGACGGGCUCGUCGGCGCCGAGGAGAAGAUCAUCAACAGCAAAGGCAAGAUGAGCAACGAAGUGGUGAUUGAUGAGUCUCUGGAUGUUAAAGAGGUCAUUUACAGUGCAGAGAGAGUCAGCAAUGUGCAUGAUGAUGAGCUGGAGUCCUUCCGGCCCUUGGGGGAGGAGUUCAGCUUCAGCAGCAGCGCUCUGAUUGGUCUCCUUGUAAUUGCUGUGGCCAUAGCGACCGUGAUUGUGAUCAGCCUGGUGAUGCUGAGAAGGAGGCAGUACGGCACCAUCAGCCACGGCAUCGUGGAGAUCGACCCCAUGCUGACCCCCGAGGAGCGCCACCUGAGCAAGAUGCAGAAUCACGGCUACGAGAACCCGACCUACAAGUACCUGGAGCAGAUGCAGAUUUAGCCUUGGCGGAGGGGAGGCGCUGUGGAGCAGAGAGGGAAGGGCGGGCGGGCGAGCGAGCGAGCGAGCGAGGGAGAGCAUACUACUGACCGAUAAUAUAACUGCUCACGCAAAGAAUCAUCUUCCUACGUGAUACAUGCAAAUUCUCAAAUAAAAGAAUCCGUAAGUAACUCUACAACUAGUUCUACUGUUGUAAUGUAGAAAUUCUUCCCCCUUU